AUGGCAUCCCAGACAGAUCAGGAUUAUUUUAGGUCGGUCAAUAGUGAAUCGAAGGCGUACAUGAUGGUUUCGGCGAACGGCAGGCGGGAUGCCACCUCCAAAUUGUGGGUGCCGAUGGUGGUUACUGUCAUUGUCGUGCUGCAAAUCGCGUCGACGACGGGACUUUUUAUGUACCUUAAUAUGUCGAUAUCGGAGGUGAAAGUCCAGGGCGUGAAGGAGGAGCUGCGCUGCCUGAGUCUGCUGAGUGCCUUGGAUCAGGACCAGGAGAUCCCACAGCAUCUGGUGCACCUGUUCGGGGAGCCCUGCAUCAAGCUGGCCGAAGGCAUCAAGUCCUACAUCUCCAAGGUGACGGAGAAUCUCAUCUUAAAGCACACGUUUCAGGAACCGAGGGUCCGGCCCCGUGUCAAAUCGCCCACUGGACCCCAGCGGCCAUCUGCUCACUUGACUCUCCGGGACAGCAGCGGCCCUGCCUCCACCCUGAAGGCCCCCCAGCCGGAUCUGCACCAGUCCUGCCGCCACCCCCUCCGUUCCUGGACCAGCCACAGCUUUGGCGCCCACCUGCACAAUAUGACCCUGUCCAACGGGCAGCUGCGGGUGCCCCAGGAUGGGCGGUACUUCCUGUACGCCCAGGUCUACUUCCGCUACCCCAGCCCCAGUGAGGGAGACCUGGGCAGCACGAGUCACCAGCUGAUCCAGUGCGUCUACAAGAAGACGUCCUACAUACAGCCCAUCCAGCUGCUGAAAGGCGUGGGAACCAAGUGCUGGGCGCCGGACGCAGAGUACGGCCUGCACUCCGUCUACCAGGCAGGCCUCUUCGAGCUGCGGGCCGGUGACGAGCUCUUUGUCUCGGUCUCCUCGCCCGGCACGGUCCACGCCGACGAGUCCUCCAGCUACUUCGGGGCUUUCCGUCUCGACCUGUGAACGCCGGCGUCUGUGCUUUCUGGACUCGCUCCAGCCAAUCAGCAUGGAGGGACACUGCGCGGAUCCCACACCCUGUACAGCGCGCAUCUCCUCUUCAAACAAAAUAAUAAAUAAAUAGAAUGCGAUCAUGCGAUGACCACAGAGCCAAAAAGAUGUGUAUCAAGGCGGCUGGAGGGAAUCGCUUCAGCAAUCCCAGACAAAUAAAUACUGCAGGGAGAAGCGAGAAGGCAGCUGGCAGAUUUGGGAACUCGCCAGUGCCGUCCCACAUGGGAAGAAUAUCCCAGUGCAGUGAGGAUGCAUGAGGGUCUGCAGCAAACAAAGGAACAGGAGCCCCCUGGAUCAAGAGAUGAGGCAUGGUAGCCCAGCAAUCAGUCGGCCGCAGGUGACUUUGUUGACUUCAAGGGGACAGGUGACCCCUUUCUGCAGGAGUACUGAUGCCAAAACCUCCCGUUAAGCACCGUUGCUCGGCAACACAAGUGCAGUGACUUGCCUAUUUCAUAUUCUCCUGUUACUCCCCGACCUCACAGGUCUUACAAUAUAUCAUGUACAGAAAGCACAAUGACACAAAAAGCAAAUGUGAAAAUUAGCCAGUCACUGUGUAUAAAUCUGCAGUGUUCUUCAGGAGAAUGAGAUUAGACUUUUUGAAAAUGAAUGUGAAUGACUUGCAGUGAAGGACAGUGUAGCAGUGAUAUCCGUACUGUUUGACACAUUCAUUGGUUUGAAUUGUAAAUGCUGUUUGGUUAUUGACAGCAUGUUGUGAAACUGCAAUAUUUAAAUGGUAAAGUCCCGGCAGCGAGCCGAGGACAGAGAAGUGUUAGAGUUUUAGUGAUGACUCGAAGAAAAAUCAUUCAGAUCCCAGCUGCAGCUUUUAGAGAAGUCAGAAGAGGACAUCUUGGAAGAAUUACUCUACGUCAGAAGCUCCAGACUGUUUUCAUGAAUUUCAAAGGCUGCAGUUGAAUGUAUAAACAUCGCCUCCAUAAUCUCUCCUUCAUGCCACAAUUCAGCUGAGCUUUAAUCUGUCCCCCUUUCCCAUUGAAGUUUUAUACUCUGCUGCCAACUUCCAGCUCAUAUAUUUCUGUAAAAAUAGGGUAAGUUUUUAAAAAGUAUUGAUUUUGAAUACUUUAAAAACAGGAAGUUCAAGGAACAAGCUGGGGAAAGG